CCCGUCAGCCGCGCACAUCGUGUCUGACUUUCUCUUUCUCUGCGGCGAUCGCGUCUCCUCAGCAUUUAUCGAGGCUCAUCGCGCCGCCGCCGCUGCUGCUAUUUCAAAUCAAGCGAUUCGUGAGAAAAUAUUUUAGUGCUGGCUUGUUCUUUAACCUCAGCAGGGUCAAUGUAUAUAGACGCGUUCAAACGGAUCCUCUUUGAAAGGCUGAACUGCUUGAAGAGAAUGUGUGUGUGUCAGCGGCAUGGCAGCUCAUUUGCCAUGUCUAAGACAGCGGUGAAGAAGCUGCACUGGCGGUCCAAUGUGCAGGAUACCUUCAUCCCCUUGCUUGGCGCGUCUGGAGAGCUGGGGGUCGCGGUUGGUGGCGGAGCAGAUUAUGGAGAGUUUCCUUUCGUUACGUCGGCUCCCGGCGGCAGCCUCACAGUGGGAGACAUCAUCCUAGAGAUCGGGGGAACUCCGGUACUGGGGAUGACUUUAGGGGAUGUUCGAGGAGUCCUCAACUCCUGCCCCCAUCCGAUCCGUAUCAAAACUGUUUCACCAGGCUCCACAUUGUGCAAAGAUCUCAGGUUAUAUCUGAGUAAGUGCUUCACACCCGGCUCAGUGGACAGCCAGCUUCAGCAGGUCAUCAGAGAGAACCUCUACCUCCGAGCUGUACCCUGUACGACCAGGCAACCCAGAGACGGGGAAAUCUCAGGGGUAGACUACAACUUUGUCUCCAUUGAGGAGUUUUUCUCCUUGGAAGAGUCCGGAGCGCUGCUCGAGAGUGGGAAAUUCAAAGGGAAUUACUACGGCACACCUCGUCCUGUUCACAUAGGUCCAGAGAGUCCCCCCAUCAGCUACCAGGAACACCGUAACCUGCUCAGAAACUUCCGCACACGCAGCAAAUCCCUCAGCAACCUGGAAAAGGCUGCAGACGAAGGCAGAAACAGCGAGGACGACUUAGGUGGCUCUGCAGGAGUAAGCAUUCCUAUUGGCCACCGGUCCCCCAGUCGGCCCCGGGCAUCCAGCAGUGGAGGCGAGGGUCAUGGCGUAGAGAAUGGGAUCAUCGGCAGCAGAAGAGGUGCCAGAAUCAGAGGCAUGAUGCCCGAUCACUGGGAGCAGGCGUUCAGUGACCCUGGAGAUUCACUUUACAUCGGGCGCAGCCCGAGGAGGACCAGCUGGCUGGGCCCUCGUCCCUCAAGCAGAGAGACCAACUACAAAAAUGAAUGGUUCACGGACCUGCCUGAGGAUCUCAGGGGUUUCCCUGUCCAUGCACACUUGAUCAAGGGCUCCAGAGGGUUUGGUUUCAACAUAGUAGGAGGCAGCCGGCCAAGAGAGUUUCUCCAGGUCUACAGUGUGACGGCAAGUGGCCCCUCCACUCUAAAGACAGCGGACAUACUCGUGUACAUCAAUGAUGCUUGUGUGUUGGGAAUGUCUCACAAAGAGGCGGUAGAGAUGCUCAAAUCAGUGCCUGUUGGCCACAGCAUAGACAUAGAGGUGAGAAGGGGAUAUCCAAUGCUCUACAACCCGGACGGUCGCCCCAAGCAGCCGUCACCAAGGUUACUGGACGCUGAGGACCACCAUGUCACGCCUACCACUACCCAACCACAACCUCUUCACCAGGUACCUCGCCUUUCAACACCUUCACCACAGAGCCAGCUCUUUAACGGCUACCACAGCGACAGAGGCUACGUGGAGCACGGCGUGACCCUAGAUGCCAAUGGAAAUGCCACAUCUUACGCAUCCAGACUGCCUCCGCCGUACAGACGCUCCAGUGUGAGCAACGCUGCGCCGUUCUCCCCAGUUCGGCCACCGCGGUCACACAGGAGCUUAGCCAGGCUGCAGUUGCUGGACCCGACGCUAGCCAGCCAGAGUGACAGCGAGGUUGUUUCUGCGGUUGGUUCACACAGGGCGUCAAUGAUACGAAAUCACAACAAUAACUCCCUUACGACACCGCAGCAUCAUUUACGUUAUGGAACGUCGAAGUCAUCCGAAAGCGACUUAUCCACCUGCACCGUGCCGGGGACCAGGCUGCCGCUCCCCGAGUCAUCGCGGAGGCCGUCGUCUUCCUCUGGCGGGCCCCGCAGCGCUUACUCCCACCUUUUCAGACCACAGACCUCCCAUCUCAGACCACCGCUCACCAGAGAAAGCCCCCUCCACCACGGCGUCAAUGGUUUCCAUGGCAACACCAGCCCCACCGCCAGCCCCAGCAGCGUUUCCUCUCCUGGCGCGAUGAGUGUGGGCAGUGGGUUUUGGGGAUUCACCGGAGGGGAACUUGUUCCAGUGGCCUUGGCGCAAGCCGAAGGAGACAGGGGCCUCGGGUUCAGUCUGAUGGCUGGUGGUUCUGGAGGCAGGUUGACUGUGGUGGAGAGAGUCUUUGACAGAAAGCAGUGCAACUCCCUGCAGCCAGGGGACGCUGUUGUCAAGAUCAAUGGAGCUGAUGUCCAGAGUCUCAGCCUCAUUCAGAUUCAAACAAUCCUGCAGGAACACACAAAACGGGGAGAAGUUAUUCUGCUGGUUUACAGAGGAGGCACUUAUCACUCAUCGGUUUCUCCGGGCUCGGGUCGGAGACUCCCUUCACCUCUGCUGCGCCCCCCUCCUCCUCCCGUUGACGUGGGCAAUUCGUCGUUGCUCCCAGAGGCGCUGCCCGUUCCCCGCACCGCCACCAGCAACCCUCCCUCCCCGCUCCUCACCAGCUCCUCUCUGAUCCAGAGCACCAGUUUCCUGGAGUCGAUUCCAGUGACCCUGACCAUGGAGCCCAAAGACUGGAUCGACAUCGGCCUGGAAGACGAGGCCGGCGGCAGCGGCGGGGUGUCUGUGCCUGACGCGAGCCUGGAGAAGCGGAAGGGCGAGCGGACGCGGCGUUUCAGAGGGUUUGACGUGGAACUGAGGAGAAAACCCGGGGAGGGAUUCGGGUUUGUGAUUGCCUCUCAGGACUUGGAGAACGGAAGAGCUAAACAAAGAGCCAUGCUGGAGAGACUACAGUCUGCUUUGAAAACUGUAAAGGAGUCCAAACCUGCGUCCCUCCUUCCUCACCGCUUCGUCACGGUCCGGCGCGGCAGCCCGGCAGCAAAGAGCGGCCAGAUCCGGCCCGGAGAUCGCCUGGAGGCCGUUGAGGGCCGCUCGGUGGUGACGCUGCCUCACCGAGAGCUCACUCAGAUUCUUCGCAGAGCCGGAAACACGCUGCGCCUAACCAUCGUGCCCCGGCCCAGCACCUAUGCUUCAAACCACACAGAAACCGGCAACCAUGACCAUGGUCACAGGAGCAGGAAAGGUCAGAGGUCACACCCAAAGCGUGACUCCAGGUAUUACAGCGUCGACCUUGACCGCGGGCCGUCGGGCUUCGGCUUCAGCCUCCGAGGCGGCAGCGAGUACAACAUGGGCCUCUACGUCCUCGGGCUGAUGGAGGGCGGCCCUGCGUCACGGAGCCAGAAAAUACAGGUCAGCGACCAGCUGGUGGAGAUCAACGGGGACAGUACGACCGGGAUGACCCACAGCCAGGCCGUGGAGAUGAUCCGCCGCGGAGGCCACCGGAUCCACCUGGUGCUCAAGAGAGGCAACGGCUACGUGCCUGAUUACGUGGAGCUCUCCAGUUUGUCUCUAUGUAUGACCAACUCCAAGCUAGGCGAGCCUUGCUUCUAUGUCAUUGGACGGACAGAGAAUACGCGGUUGGUAAUGGUUCCUCCCGUGAGCAGAGAAUCACCUCCUCCUCCCUCCUGCACAACCCCAAAGAGCAGAGUCUGGCUGCAGUGAGCUCCACCGGAAGGAGGGGGCGCCGCGCCCAGCAGACGAGGAGGAGCAGGUCGGUCGGAGACGUGAGGGAGAGCGGGACGGGAGCGAUCAGAGGAAGA